AUGGGUAGGGACACUAUUGCUGAGAUAAUAACCUCUAUACGAAAUGCUGACAUGGAUAGAAAACGGGUGGUUCAAAUAGCAUCUACUAAUAUCACUGAAAACAUUGUUAAAAUACUUUUUCGAGAAGGUUUCAUCGAAAAUGUCAGGAAACACCGAAAAACCAACAAAUAUUUUUUGGUUGCAACCCUGCGACAUAGAAGGAAUAGGGAAAGGAGCUAUAGAAAUAUUUUAAAUUUAAAACGGAUUAGUCGACCCGGUUUACGAAUCUAUUCUAACUAUCAACAAAUUCCUAAAAUUUUAGGCGGAAUGGGAAUUGUAAUUCUUUCUACUUCUCGAGGUAUAAUGACAGACCGAGAGGCUCGCUUACAAGGAAUCGGCGGAGAAAUUUUGUGUUAUAUAUGGUAA